AUGGUAAGUGAGGAGCUGGCGUUAGCUAGUCUGCUGAACACCAUUCUGCCUUGCCAAGACCAGUACUUUGUAGGAGGCCAGAACUAUAAUUGCCCGUAUUCCACUACAACGUCAGAAUCUAGUGUUGACGUUUCCACGGAGACUUGGGUCUCUUUCUGGGCUGCUGGUCUCCUGGACAACAGAGAGCCCCAACCAGCACCACAGGCGCAGGAAUCAUCAAGCGACUCAAAUUUCCCUGUUCCUGACUUGCGUUCAUGGGAAGAGGCUCAGCUUUCGUCUCAGCUCCAUAGGAACAAACAGCUCCAGGAUACUCUGGUGCAGAAGGAAGAAGAGCUUGCUAGGUUACAUGAAGAGAAUAACCACCUCAGACAAUACCUGAAUUCUGCUUUGGUUAAAUGUCUUGAGGAAAAGGCCAAGAAAUUGCUAUCAUCAGAUGAGUUCUCCAAAGCAUGGGGAAAGUUCAGAAAGGGGAAGAGGAAACCCAAAGAGCAGAGAUAUUUUCCUCCUGAGAUCCCCCAUCGCAAAAAUGCCAAGAGAAACCUCUCUAGUGAAUUUGCUAACUGUGAAGAACAACCCGGGCCCCCUGUGGAUCCCUGGGUCCUUCAGACACUUGGGUUAAAAGACCUUAACACCAUUGAUGACACCUUAUCAGCUAACUACAGUGCCCUCUCCUCUCACCCCAGAAAACUCACCAGCAUAUUUCCACAGUUUCCCGAUGAUGCAGUUGAUCAUGAAAAUAUCCCCAGGGAGGAUCUGCCAAUUGACUACGAAGGUGACAGAACAACCCCCUCGCACAGCACUGCCAGCCGCAGCGAAGAUUUUGCCUUCUUUUCUCAACUUUCAAAUCCCCCAGGAGGGCUGCAAACUCUUCCUUACUAUACUUCUGAUGUGUCACCCAAUAAGACAGAGAUGGCCUUUUCCACAUCCCUGAGCCCUCACUGUAAUGUGAAAACUCAUUCCUUCCACCAGGGACAAGCCUUUGUUCGUCGAGAUGAAGAGGGAGGCUGGAAGUUUACCUGGGUCCCUAAGCAGGCUUAG